AUGAGCUGCAAUGGCUGCAGAGUCCUGCGUAAAGGUUGCAAUGAUAACUGUACCAUUAGACCUUGUCUUCAAUGGAUCAAAUCCCCUGAUUCUCAAGCCAAUGCCACUCUCUUCUUGGCCAAGUUCUAUGGUCGUGCUGGCCUCAUCAACCUCAUUGAAGCCGGCCCCCAACAGCUCCGCCCAGCUAUAUUUAGGUCAUUGUUAUAUGAGGCGUGUGGUAGGAUAGUGAAUCCGGUCUAUGGGUCAGUUGGCAUGCUUUGGUCAGGUAAUUGGGCCCAAUGCCAAGCAGCAGUUGAUGCGGUGCUCAAAGGGUCACCCAUCAUAUCAAUGCCUUCUUCAUCUGAGGUACCAGCACCACACUUGAUCUCUUCUCACAACACCUACGACAUACGCCACGCGUCCAGGGACCAAAGCUCUCCUGAACUCAGCAAAGUUAAGAACAGGUCUCGGUUCAAGCGAUCCAUUGGCACCAGACCCAAUUCACCAGCUGAGCCAACGGGCAGGAUUAACCCGGGAGAGUUGGGAUUUGAACCGGUUCGUGAGCUGUGGCUGGGUCAUCUGGGAACUGGGGAUAGUUGUAUCAAAGAUGAGGAUAGCAUAUUCUCUGUUGAAACUGUGGAGGGUUCUUCGUUGAGUCGGGUAGAACCAGGCACGGUCUUUAAAUUUAAUGGACAAAGUGAGGAUAGGGAUGUUAGUUUGGACCUGACUCUUGGUUUGAUUUCAGAAUAG